AUGGCUGUUGGUGGGCGGGCGCUGGCUGCUCAGACACCCGGGCUGGAGCAGGCGCAGGGCCCUGGGCUGAGGAAGCACUGGGGGCGAGGGCUCGCGGGGGUUCCACCUCCUGGGAAGAACCUGCCGCUGACAGACCCAGGCCCAACUGCGUCCUCGGUGACUUCCGCCGACUUCCGGGAGACCGAAGGGCACCGCUCCCCGCGCCGCGCCGCGCCGCCGCCCGAGCCCGGAGUGCGGACACCCCAGGGAUCGCCCUGGCGCGCGCGCGGCGGGCCGCGGGAGGGGGCUCGGCGCGGGGCUCCCGGCCCCCCAGCCCAGGGGUGGGAGUGGGGACCUGGCCGCCCCUCCCCCAUCGGCAGGCCUGCGCCCCAGAGGACCCCUGCCCGCAGCCCCCGCGCCUCCCCUAGGCCUGCCCGGAGCAUGUUGCCUGCAGCCAUGAGGGGCCUCGGCCUGGCGCUGCUGGCCGCGCUGCUGUGCUCGGCGCCCGCUCAGGGCCUGUGGUGCCAGGACUGCACCCUGACCACCAACUCCAGCCAUUGCACCCCGAAGCAGUGCCAGCCGUCGGACACCGUGUGCGCCAGCGUCCGCAUCACGGACCCCAGCAGCAGCAGGAAGGACCACUCGGUGAACAAGAUGUGCGCCUCCUCCUGCAGCUUUGUGAAGCGGCACUUUUUCUCAGACUACCUGAUGGGCUUUAUUAACUCCGGGAUCUUGAAGGUCGACGUGGAGUGCUGUGAGAAGGACUUGUGCAACGCGGCCGGCGGGGCGCGGCGCAGCCCCUGGGCCCUGGCCGGGGGGCUCCUCCUCAGCCUGGGGCCUGCCCUGCUCUGGGCUGGGCCCUGA